AUUUAAUUGCGGCGCAAGAAAUUGGAAAAUUCAUCCAAGUUAGCUACCCAGCUGCCUCAUGUUUAUGUGAUUGAAGUGGAAGUUGGAGAUUUCCUUUUCUCUGAUCUAUUCCUUUUUUGAAUACAUAUUCAUAAGGGAGAUAAAAUCAAUGCAUCCCGAGUCAAAACAAGCCUAGUAAGAGACGAUGCCUCCAUCUUCCAAGAAAACUCAGCUAUGUAGUAAUCAGAACCGUAAUGAUAAAAUCAGCGAUUUGCCUGAUAGCAUUCUUAGCAUGAUUUUGAGCCAUCUUCCAACUGUGGAAGCUGUUAGGACUUGUGUAUUAUCAAAGACAUGGAGGACCAUAUGGACCAACGUCACAGAGUUACGUUUUGAUGACAUGAGGCACAGUGAACCGAAGGAUCAUGGAUUUAUCGAAUUCGUCGACCAUGUGAUUCGAGACAUUGAAAGUCCAAAAAUCAACAGUUUCCAUCUACAUUCUGUUAAUGCUUACGAUGAGACUCCUCUCGUCUCGUGGUUAUCAAACCUUAUAAACCAGCGUAGUCUUCAGAAACUCGUUAUCACUUGGUACGAGCUUGAAAGUGACAUUUUGUCUCCACUCUUUGCUAGUUUUGGCUCUCUCGUGGAACUGAGGCUACGUACAAAGUGCAUUCUUGACAUUUCGGCUCCAGCUCUUCUCCCGACACUCAAGUUCUUUAGCCUCGAGGACGCUAGAAUCUUCAACAUGUCGUCCGUCUCCGAGAACAUCUUUCUCUACUUUCCCGUCUUGGAAACUUUCGAAGUCUCUCGCUGCUGCUGGUUUAGAACCGAUACCGUCGUUAUAGACUCUCCGUUGCUCAGGGUCUUCGAGUUUUUAAAGUGUAGCUCUGAACACGUUCCGAGUGACGAUGGAGUGUGUACGAUCAGUAUAUUUUCUUCAAAGCUUGAGAAGAUCACAUUCUCAGGGGACGGUAACGAAAACAUGUUUCUGACAUUUCCCACGUCUUUACCUGAUGCUUAUCUUGAUCUCAGCGGAGCAAAGUGGCCCUAUCUAUCACACUGGCCCAAGUUUCUACAUGCCUUCACAUGCGUGAAGAGUUUGGGUCUUGAGCUUACCAGGGAUUUUCAACUAACGACAAUGCCAAAAUUCAAACAGUUGGUUUACCUGCAUCUUGCAUACGACAUGACACAGCCUUAUAUAUUCAGGAGGGUCCUCAAAUCCGCACCAAUACUCAAGAUACUCAGCAUCCGCGACACGACGUCUCCUCGAAUAAAACCUAGUAAAAUGCGCUUGAACGAGUUGCGUUCGCAAACAGCACCGGACUGCGUUAGAACAAUGCUCAAAGUCUUGCAAUUCAGGGAUUUCAGGAUGCAUGAGCCGAAACUAUCAGUGUUGAGGCAUGUGAUUGCAAACGCCGAGAUUCUUGAAUCAGUCGUCCUUUCCACGGCCCGGCCAAUCACAAAGAAAGGUAAAGAACUAGUCUUGUCUUAUCCCAAAGCCUCACCUCAUGCCUCUGUCUUGUUCCAAUGAUUAAAAGUUGACCUUUUCAAACCCCUGAGUUCCUUGUGGGU